UUUCCCCUUCAACUGAACACGCCCCUAGCUUUUCUUUUUGAUUUGGACCAUGUUGUUGUCUAGCACGUAAACGGCCCAUUUGGCAUCCAACUCACUCGCUGUCCCUAAUCUACCACCACUGACAGACACUCACUCGCUGCACUUGCCCGAAGCUCCACCAAUGGCUAUCUCAUCUCUCCGACUUCCGUUAUCACCUUGGCUUACAAAAUCCUCAACUCGUUUCUUCAGAAUUUAUUCAAUUCCAACAACACCCCUACCACUGAGACCAAUUUACUGUUGCUUCUCUACUUCUUCUUCUGCGUCCUCUAACACCCAAGAUACAGUAACCGAUUUGGGCGAAUGGGAACCCUUACGAAAGAAGAAAGUAGUUAUGCGAGUUGGCUACGUUGGUACCGAUUACAGAGGCUUACAAAUGCAACGAGACGAGCAUUCAUUAUCCACUAUAGAAAAAGAACUGGAAACUGCCAUUUUUAAGGCCGGUGGUAUUCGAGAUAGUAAUUAUGGGAACCUUCAGAAAAUCGCAUGGGCAAGAAGCAGCAGAACAGAUAAAGGAGUUCACUCAUUGGCAACAACGAUAUCAUUGAAACUGGAAAUCCCUGGAGAUGCAUGGGAGAAUGACCCUAAUGGCAUUGCUCUAGCUAAUCGCAUCAAUUUGUUUCUUCCUUGUAAUGUCAAAGUUUUUAGUAUCUUACCUUCCCAGAGGAGCUUCGAUCCCAGAAAGGAGUGUAAUCUCCGAAAGUAUUCCUACCUUCUUCCUGCCGAUAUCAUUGGAAUUAAAAGUAAUUUAAGCACUGAUGAAAUUGAUUUUCAUAUCUCAGAUUUCAAUGAGAUAUUGAAUACUUUCGAGGGAGAACAUCCUUUUCAUAAUUAUACAGUGCGAGCAAAGUACAGGACGAAGUUUCCUGCAAAGAAAUCACAUAAGAAUGGUCAUGUGUCAGGAAGUGUGAAAGCAUCUGAUAAGGCAUCAGAAUUUGAAUCUGGUGAAAGUGAUGGAGAAGAAGAUUUUGAAUCUGAUGGCUUCCCUUCUUCAAAAGUUGAGAGAAUGAGCUCAAAUUCUCUAGCAUUGAGCAUUCCUGAUGGGAACAUGGUCGAUGCUCAAGAGAAGCUUACCGGCGGUGUAAAUGAUCAAGGUUCUAGUUCAGUUGUUCUUGCAAAAUGGCUGCACCAACCCGAUGAGAGAGACAGAAUAGGUGCCUCGCAUUUCAGAAAGAUUUUUCGCUGCUCCUGUGGAAAGCUAGAGAGCUCGCUUGGAUUUAACUUUGUUGAGCUAUCUGUGUGGGGGGAGUCUUUCAUGUUACAUCAGAUUCGCAAAAUGAUUGGGACUGCUGUGGCAGUAAAGCGGAAUUUACUUCCCAGAGAUAUAUUGACUCUGUCAUUAGCCAAAUUCUCACGAAUUGUUGUACCGCUUGCUCCAUCAGAAGUUCUGAUCUUGAGGGGAAACAACUUUUCUUUGAGAACCAGACCAGGAAAUGUCACUAGACCAGAAAUGGUGGCAAUGGUCGAAUCUGAAGAGAUUCUCAGGGGAGUUGAUGAGUUCUAUACAACUGUAAUGCUUCCCCAGGUUUCUAAAUUCUUGGACCCGUCAGGGUCCCCUUGGAAGGAAUGGGUUGAGAAUUUGGAUCGUAACACAAACAUUCCAGAGACAGAGUUAGAUGAAGUUAGGACUGCUUGGAAAAUUUGGAAGGAAAAGUUUGAGAGCAAAACCAGUGUUGCAUCAGUAUCAAAUGAUGGAGACAAGGAUCUUGCCGCAAUUGCAUAACCUGUCUGUACUGCCGUACAUAUUUUGCACAAUCUGACAUAAAAAUUGCAUGCAAAGUUUUUCAAGCUUGGAUGGACUUUGAUAGCUGCCGAAGAAGGUGAUUAGCUGAAGAAGUAGAAGCAUAUAAAUAUUAUAUAUAUAUUCAUGUAUUCAUAUACAUAUACAAGUAUGAAUAUAUAUAUUUAGUGUAGUUCAAAUCCAAGAGUAAGAAUGAAGUGGUCAGUAGAUGUUAGCUCUGGUAAUGCUAGUAGCAGGUGCACUUAUUUUUUAUGGUUUCUUCAUUAUUGCCACUGAUCACAUGUACAAAUUAUUAAAAGCUGAUGGUCUUUUGUGACCUGACAUUGGCACCAAAUGGCUAGUACUUGCCAGUUUCUCAUUGAAAUGUACUGUUUUUUUUUUUGGUCAACUAAUAUUUCUUCCGUAA